GUGGACAGCUCUCACUGGGGCGAUGUCUCCGUAAUUAUGGCAUAAACAGUGGAAGGGGUUGGCAGGCGAACGCGUGCGUCAGCGGAUCGUUCGUUGUCGGGUCGUGAGAAGUGAAAUGAAUCACGGAGUGGAGCCGUACCUCCGCGGCGUAGGUUCUUCGACGUCCACAUGUGGUUCCUCACCCCGUCGUGCCAGCGUCGCAGCGGCUGUCAGUGCCUUCACGUGACAUGUCUUUCGUUGUCCAUGAUAACACGGGACUACGUCUGGAUAGUUUCUGUUUGCGGUGUUUGAUGGUGCGAAGUCUUCAAAUGGUAAUGCAACCACCCAUCGCCCGUCAUUGAUGUUUUCUGGUCACACAUAAAAGGCGACCGCCCCUUCUCGGACUACAUUUGCUGGUACAGAAAUGUUUUCUAUUCGACGCUCCAAGUGGUCCCCACGUGUACCGUCGUCCAUUAGUGUAUCGUAGCAACGGAGCUGUGGUGAUGUCUUUGAGUUCCCCGCCAUCUGCUGGUACGCCUUCUUCUGCAGCGCGUUUUGAAGCUACUCGCUGAUGGCUAAGCCUUCGGGAGAACACAGCCCAUUGCUCUCAAGUUGAUGGGGCCGGAAGCCGACUGAGGACAUUUCUGGCGUGGUGGGGCAAGGCUCCACGGCACGUGACCAAAGUGCAAGCCAAACAGAGAGGGAUGGCCGCCGUUGCGGGAAUCUACGGCAUCGGUGACGAGGGAGGCGGCAGUCGGUAUUCCAGGGCGUUCCUCGACAGACACACCAUCACCACCGCCUCCGAACACACGUCGCUGCCCAAACUCAGCAGCCAGGACGAGGACGGGCCGACCCCGCACGGUCAGUUCACAGGGGUUCAGCACUUCGAGCCGAUCCCUCACGACCACGACUUCUGUGAACGGGUCGUCAUCAACGUGAGUGGGCUGCGGUUCGAGACUCAGCUUCGGACGCUGAACCAGUUCCCGGACACCCUGCUGGGCGACCCCGCCCGGAGGAUCCGGUACUUUGACCCGCUCAGGAACGAGUACUUCUUCGACCGGAACCGCCCCAGCUUCGACGCCAUCUUGUAUUAUUAUCAGAGUGGCGGGAGGUUGAGGCGGCCUGUCAACGUGCCUCUGGAUGUCUUCUCGGAGGAGAUCAAGUUCUACGAGCUGGGGGAAUACGCCAUCAACAAGUUCAGGGAGGAUGAGGGUUUCAUCAAGGAGGAGGAGAAGCCGCUGCCGUCGAACGAGCGCCAGCGCAAGGUGUGGCUGCUGUUCGAGUACCCGGAGAGUUCGCAGGCGGCUCGCGUCGUGGCCAUCAUCUCGGUGUUCGUGAUCCUGCUGUCCAUCGUGAUCUUCUGCCUGGAGACGCUGCCCGAGUUCAAGCACUACAAGGUGUUCAACACCACCCUGAACGGCACCAAGAUCGAGGAGGACGAGGUGCCCGACAUCACAGACCCGUUCUUCCUCAUAGAGACAAUCUGCAUCAUCUGGUUCACGUUCGAGCUGUCAGUGAGAUUCCUCGCUUGUCCGAAUAAACUGAACUUCUUUCGGGACGUGAUGAACAUAAUCGACAUCAUCGCGAUCAUUCCGUACUUCAUCACGCUAGCGACAGUGGUGGCCGAGGAGGAAACCAGCGCGAACAUUGUGCGGGCCCCCGUCAGCCCGCAGGACAAGACCACAAAUCAGGCCAUGUCCCUAGCGAUUCUCAGAGUGAUUAGGUUAGUGCGCGUGUUCCGAAUAUUUAAGUUGUCCCGACACUCCAAGGGGCUGCAAAUCCUCGGGCGAACUUUGAAGGCCUCCAUGCGGGAACUGGGAUUGCUCAUAUUUUUCUUGUUCAUAGUCCGUUGCUCUCCUGUUUCAGGUGUGAUUCUCUUCUCGAGCGCCGUGUACUUCGCAGAGGCAGGCUCUGAGCAGUCCUUCUUCAAGUCGAUUCCUGACGCGUUCUGGUGGGCUGUUGUUACCAUGACAACCGUGGGCUAUGGUGACAUGAGGCCGGUGGGAGUCUGGGGCAAAAUCGUGGGUUCGCUGUGUGCCAUCGCCGGCGUGCUGACCAUCGCGCUGCCGGUCCCGGUGAUCGUCUCCAACUUCAACUACUUCUACCACCGUGAGACCGAUCAGGAGGAGAUGCAGUCGCAGAACUUCAACCAUGUGACCAGCUGUCCGUAUCUCCCCGGCACAUUAGGUCAGCACAUGAAGAAGAGCUCCCUGUCCGAGUCGUCGUCCGACAUCAUGGAGCUCGAGGAGGGAAUCCUGCUCACACGUGACGUCACCGCGAAGAAGCAGAACUGCAACCGAAAGCACAAUAACAACAUCAACGCGAUGAGCAUCGAGACUGAUGUCUGACUGCUGGUGAAAGAGGCGUUGUUGUCGCAGUUUUGUGAAGAUUGGUCACUGGGCCGGUGCAACGCGCCAAGGUUCCUCGUGUGACGUGUCAUGUUCAUGUCAGCGCCGCUUUACAUCGUCAGCGCCACCAGCAAGGAGGCGCUACCACUCAAGUUUGAAAAGAUUGUGAUGCCGUAGCUGACAAUGAUGAUGGUGCUUUACCAGUCUCCCCGCAGGCUGUGCCCAUUGCGCAUGGGCGAGUGAGGUAGUUUUGUUCGAGAGACUACAAAUAAAUAAAUAUCCAGGUACUACCGCGUCAGUCUGUCAGUGCUCAGCGUGUGGAAAGGAAUUCAUAACACGUGUAAACUACCACAAAAAUUGUUCUUGCCAUAAAUUUUUUAUUACUAUUGAUUAUUAAUAUUAUUUUAUAAAUAUAGACGGUUGGCGGCAAAAAAAAAGGUGCAUAUCGAGACAGGGAAUGAUGAGUCGAAAGUGCGUAUUGUGAAGUGUGAGUAGUCGAUUGUAUUUUAUCGCAUUGUGCGAUUGCAGGUUACUACAUUGUUGCUCCAUCACAUCCGACCCCGCCCUGGUCUUCUGUCUCGCCUUUAUCCAAUAACCAACAUUGACUAGCUCCAAAUUCUUGGCAUUUUAGGUAAAAAUAUUUAAAAUAGGACACAAAUACAAAGUCCCUGGAGAACAAUUUCUUUUCUCUUUGUAUCUUUCAUGUUCUCGCUCUUUUUCUCACACUCUGACGUGACAGAUUGUAGUUAUUUCCUUCCACGUUGCCACAUCUCCCCACUUUAAGGAGGCCAGAAUCUCGUUGUAUUAAAGAGUGAAGUUUGGCAACAUCUCAUAUAAAGGCAUGAGUAACUCGUAGAAAUUUUCCUUUUAGACAUAUUAUCAGCCCUCAGAGUAAGUAGAAGUAAUUUUAGGAUUUCCUUGGAAGCAAAUCUGAUUUGACAAAAAAAGAAGAGAUAAAAAUGUUAGUAAAGGAAACAGCUUUUUUCAGAUUAAAGAGGCAUGCAAUAUAAAGUCUACCUAGGUUUCGAACUAAGUAACUAAUUAAGGCCUGCCAUGUACUAGCUUGUUACCAUUUCUCUCGUCUCCGCUAGCAUAUAGAGGAAGGACAUGCUGUUUCGCAGAGAAGCUACUAGAUAUAAUAAUUAAUAAUAAUACAAACGAGACUAUUCUUACUAAUACUCCAGAAACACUAAAUCUGCUACCAAGCUGUAGACCAAAGCCAGUAAGUCCGUAGAAACUUGUAGCCGUAUUUAUACUUCCAGCGAUUUCCAAGCACCUUCCCCUCGCGCACCCAUAAUUACGUCCGUUGCGCUAUGGAAUAAUGGAAAUAUUGCAGAAGUAUUUUCAAAGUAGCGCCAACAUAGAAGACAUUGGGGAAAAUAAGCUCCCUCCCAGCCACGUGCUUAUGACUCGACUUGUUAUAAAUCUGAAGGAGAUGUCAGCGCACUCUCUGAUUCAUUCAGUCCGAUGUUGGUUGGUCGAGCGUCCGGCUGGCGGCGUCAGUUGAGUGAAGGGAGACCGAACAAACCGCUCGCUAAAACAGUAUCAUUUCAAUAGAAAUAAUGAAUUACAUUUGUCAUUGUUGCGUGCGUGUGAUGUGUGUAUGCCCACAGGAGAUACUCCCCCUGUCAGCGUUUGAGGUUAUUCGAGGGGAGAUGUUUUUAAUACCCCGGUGAUAUUUGUUAAUAAUAGUUUGAACGAGUGGAACUAUCACUACCAAAGUAAAAUAAUAAUAAUAAUAAUAAUAAAAGUAUGUUUCAAGGAUAUUUGAACGCUCACAAGGAAACAGUACUAUACAUCAUGAAACACGUAGGCCAAUUUAUUGCGAACCCGAUGUGUAUGAUACUACAUAUAAUAACAAAAGGUCAUUUCUUGUUGAAUACUUGAUUGUGAACAAACUAGUUCCGAGCACUGUUUUAAGUGCUUUUAUUUUUUGGGCUGUGUGAAAGCUAAGUAGGGUUGGAUUUAGCUUUUUGCCUAGCUCCAAUUUUUUCCAGUUAUGGCGAUUCAAAUUCAUUCCUCAAACAAAAGGCUUUCUGCCCAUCCCCCCCACCCCAGCCCUGACCUCCUAAUCCCAUUGCAUUGUUCUGUAGUCCAAUUAAGUGUAGAUUCCCCUCUCCCGUGUAGUACCAUUAUGAAAUCACUCAACUGCAUUACUGCUGCUUGCAGUGUGACGAAGCAGACCACGGGCAGCAGUUUGGACUAUGGCAGAUAUACUGUACAUUAAUACAUAUCCUAACGCUUUUAUUGCUCUGUUUGUGUGUGUGUGAGAGAGAGAAAGUGUGUGUGAGUGCGCGUGCGCACGGCACAUCGCAACGAGCACUGCCGAAGUGCAUGAUGCCUCAGUGGCGUGCAUACUAGUGUGUGACAACAUGCACAAUAGGUUGUGAAUGUUUUAGAGGAAAGUGCGAUUCAUGACAGGAGAAGAGAAAUCGUGCAAUCGAGUCACUCAAAAAGCUAUCCAAAGUGGAUAUAGCACGUCCAUCAUCAACACUAUUAAAUAGUGCCAGCCCCAACAAUAACCUGGCAUGGCAGGUCAAACGUGCUGUUAUGUUAUUUAUACCAGUAUCUAUUUUUUGAAUCGUUAAUUUUUAAAUAGGCUGAUUGUAACAUAAGUCUGAUCAUGACCUUAAAGUAAGUAAGUAAGAAUAGCUUAGGUAAAAGGCACUAGUUAUGUUUGUUACAAUUUGAAAAAUUUUAUAUGUGUUGAAUAAUAUUUACAAAAACAUUCCUCUAAAAGUGCAGAAUUUAUGUGCAUGAUCCUCCAUAAUUGUUAAUGGCAUGCAAAAGUGGAUUGAGCCAGCCACUGAUUGGGUAAGGCAGCAAACAAACAUAAUCCUGAAGAUUUACUUAAAGUAGGACUAACAACACUACAGGCAGCAUUGGAGAUGUGUCUUUUAAUUGGCCAUUGCUGAAGUGGAUACUAUAUUGACAUAGACACUUGAAAGAAAAGGCAAAUUAUCAUUAUCAUUCCAAAAUAUAAGAAUCCUUACUGUCUCUAGAAUUUGUCACUAAUUCUAAAUCGAAUCAUAGUAGUAGUUAACCUGAAGUCCAUUGACAUUCUGUGUUCGUCAAAAUGUGGAAUUUCACAGAGACCCUCAUGUGUUUAUAGAUGGCCAGUACAUCCAUCCUCAAUAGAUGCAUGAAGCGCUACAGAUAUACAAAUUGUCACAUUCUCAACAACACAGGUGAGUGUGUGUGUGGAAGAGAAUGAAAUCCUUGGCUUAAAAAAAGUAACGGCAUUGUUGGCCUUUCUUACGUCAGAUUACAUUGGUUGGAAUGUUGUUAUGCUGUUGUAAACACGACAUACUAUUCAUGAAUUGAAGGAUGCUUGUCGGAAUUGUAGCACUGAAUUUAUUGAACAUUCUCUGCUUUAGAAUACUCGGUGGCCAACACCAAGUUUCGAGACAAAUGAGUAAAUAAACAUGAAGAUAAAUUUCAUAAAUGUCAAAUAUAAAAUUAUACUGGAAAUUGUGCUGAACUGAAAUUGUGUGUGUGUGUGUUGAGAGCUUUGACGUCUUUCAGAAGAUCAGGUUUGGCCCAGUAUUGAAUCUUUAUAUGAACAUGAGCUCAAACUGAUAAUAGAGUAUUUCAAGUCGUGCUUUAGAGUU